GAGGGAGGAGGGAGGGAAGACUGACUGCUGGGAAGUUGAAGCUUUCUCAAAAGGAGGUGUGACUCAGGCGUCGACGGGUGAACAGAAGCUCUUCCAUGUGUGGAUAGAAACUGCUCAACUGAUUUAUUACAGCAGGAUUUUACUUAAAAACAGACUGGAAACCUUAACUUAUUAAAAGUCUGAUUGACAAAGUGGAAGCCUGACCUGCACAUGUACAGAUCAACUGACUGGAUCUCAGACUGGUGUGAAGCUUGGAUGCCUUGUUUACCGAUUUAAAGCCAAAGCAGCUGAUCUCAAAUCUGGUUGGAUUUGAUCAUUGUUAACAAAAAAGAAGACUUACUGAAAGGACUAAUGAACCUAUGUGACAUUCGAUUGGUUAAAUGUACUUGACUGUUGGAAAUUCAUGGUGAUCAACUGAAUGGUUGCCUGCUUUGACACAUUACUGGCAUCCUGAUCAACUGAGGUCCAUCUGAUUGGUUAAUUGAUAAUUAAAGAAGCGCUGCUGGAGCCAUAUUUGUUGGCAUCGGGAUGAGCGGAGCAGGGGACGUGGUGUGUGAAGGGUGGCUGAGAAAGUCACCCCCAGAGAAAAAACUGAGGCGCUAUGCCUGGAAGAGGCGCUGGUUUGUGCUGCGAAGCGGUCGACUGAGCGGAGAGCCGGACGUUCUGCAAUACUACAAGAACCCGCAUUCCCGUCGGCCAAUCAGGAACAUCAAUCUGAAUCUGUGCGAACAGGUGGAUGCUGGCCUUUCUUUCACAAAAAAGGAGCUAGAGAGCAGCUUUGUUUUUGACCUCAGGACAGAAGAGAGGAUCUGGUACUUGGUGGCUGAGUCUGAAGAGGACAUGAACCGCUGGGUGACAUCCAUCUGCCUGCUCUGUGGCUUCAACCCUACUGAUGAUGUUCCAGAAAGACCUCUUGUCUCCUCCUCCACCUCUGCAACAUCUAUGACCCCAGUCAGUCACACCACCACCAUCUCUACGAUGACAGGGUUAGUCCCACCACCAUAUGACCCGGUGAGUGUGCGGCACAUGGAGCCUGACCGGAAUUCAGAGGAGGAUUACCUGUGGUUAUCACAAUGCCAGAGUCACAUCAGGGCUCCUUUAGGGUCAUCCACAUCUCUUGAAACUGACUACAAUGACAACCUUUACCCGCCUCCCUCUGCAACCUCCUCCUCUUCUUCUUCUUCUUCCUCUCCUUCCCUCCUCCCCAGCAGCCUUCCAAAUCCAUCCUACUCCUCUUCCUCCUCUUCUUCUGGCUUUAGAGUGGUCCCUUGGACAGUCACUGCAAUGUCGAGCCCUCUCAGCCAGUCUUUAGAUGCCAGCACAACCCCUGACUCCCAGAAUCGAGCUGGCAGACCCCGCUGUCACCCCUCUCCGCAUCCCAGAAAGCACUCCCUGGAUUUUCACCUUCGUCCAGUAGCAAUACCUCUCAGUGAUAAUGUGCACUCCAAUGUGCAUCCAAGCACACACUCAUCCACCACUAGUGGUUACCAGAUCCCACGUCCAGUAUGCACUUCACAACCGCCGCCCCCUCGCCGCCCAUCUUCUACCCCUAGUGUGGACUCCCUAACCCAAGCAGAGCUUCAUGCCUCCACCCCUACUCCUCCUCCGCGCCCACCAAAACCUCCUGGCAUUGCAGCCCAAGGAGAAAGCUCAAAGCUUGCCACACUCCCCCGAACUGCCUCAGAGCCAGAGAGGAGGGAUGAGAGUGUGGAUGGAGGAGGACAUCUGCCAAGGAGCAACACCGUCACUACACCAGGAUGCAUGCAUACAAGUAGCGACUCUUUUUACAUCCCUCGGUCUUUGUCUGACAGAGCAAGCAUGUUUGAUUUCAGUGAGAGCUUUAACAGCUAUUUUUUUAACAAAGGCAUGGUCCCUCUGGGUAGUGUCUGUUCUGAAGAUGAUGAUGUGGAUGAAAAUUAUGUUCCCAUGAGCGCUGCCACCUCUGAGCCACCGGUUGCACCCAGAGUGCCUCCACCCUCAGACCCCUCUGCCCAGCUCCAAGAAGGCAACUACGUCCCUAUGACCCCUCUGACAUCUUCAUUUCCUACACACCCCACCACUGUCAUGACUGACAUGGCAUCUCUCGGGAGGCAGGUGCCUCCCCCUGCGCACAUGGGUUUCCGUAACUCCGCCCUGACUCCCCUUGCUCCUCUCACUCCGCCGCUCAGGAGAAAUACCAUGAACACUUCUGCUGGAGGCGAACAAGAAGCCGUGCCCCCUCCGAUCCACCGCAACCUGAAACCACAACGGAGAGGGGUUUGUGCCAAUCAGCCGGUUGACAGAAAUGAGAGCCAAACUCCUGAGGAGCUGACAAAUAAAACAAGAGUAAAACCAGCUCCUCUGGACAUCUCUUCAGUGCAGCAGGACUGGCAGGAAGUCCCCCCUCCAGUGCGCUCGCCUGUAACACGGACCUUCACCCGUGGACCCUCCAAUCGUCGGACGGUCACGCCGAGCUCUGCUCACAGCUCUUCACCGUCCUCUGAUUCCGAUGACCCAGAUGACAACUAUGUUGCAAUGAUGACCUCUAGCCUCAGUUUCAGUGCCGGCGAGCAGUCUCUGAGACUUAUGAUGCACCGAGCUUCAGAGGGCGGAGUCAACAGCCCUGUGUUACGACGAGCCAGAGAUGACAAGCAGGUGGAGUACCUGGACCUUGACCUCCACACUGGACAAUCAACACCAAGCAGACAGAAACGCUGCACUGGAGAAGGUUUAACCGGGGGCAGUGAGCACGCUGGAGACGGCGAGGAUCAAGCACGAGGCCAGCGUACACGUGUGGACUAUGCAGUGGUGGACCCCAAAAGGACCAAGGCCCUGAGGAGCACGCGAGAAGCACGGCAUGCCGGGAGGAUGUCUACGGAGAAGAAUAAAUUAUGAAAAACGCACAAACACACACACAAAGUUCAAAACGUGCUUCUUAUCCAGGAAAAGAAUAAAUAUAACUGCAAUCCAUUGGUGGACAAAGUGACUGAUGGACUGUUAUAAUCUUAGAAUCAUUACGUUAAUAUCAAGUAUCUACUUAGGAAAGUAUUCACAUCCUCAGACUGUUUGGCAGAUCUGUUAAAAUGAGCUUGGGGCAUGCAGGAACCAUCUACAGCCCAGUAUAUCAGCUGAUAUACAUCCCACUGGUAAAUAUCGUAUAGGGCUCAUAUUUAAGUUUCAGCACAGCUAGAAGCCACUUCACUUAAAUACACAACAGAUUACUCUGGAUUUUUUUUUUUUUUUUUAACAAAGGUAUGUUGAUGAUGUGAAUGCCUUGAUUGGCAGGUCUUGCAGUUAGUCAUACAAAGCUGUUGUCAUUAAAACAUGAAUAUCAGAUAGUUUAACUAAGUUAUUAUAUAAAAUGUACAGUAGUUUAUAGUAACAGUUCCUUUUUUUAUUUCCUCUCCACACUACAAAACCACACCACACUACCAUAUUUUAUUAUUUAGUUAUUUUAUAUAAAAUGAAAAAUUUUCCUUGGUUAUUAAAACCUUCAAAUACCCAGAAAUCAAAGUCACAUUUGCAGAAAUAAAGGACAUGACCCUGUUCUCUAAGAUGACUUUCAGUGGCAGCGUAGAAACCCUUAGAAAAGGCAAAUAUUCUUUGAAUUUUAGAGUUUAAAUCACCAGCAGGCAUUUGAAGAUAAAAAAAAUCUAAAAAUAGAAAUGUAUGUUAAGCAACACAAUGUCAUAUUAAUAUGCGCGAAUGAUCUGUCAAAGGAUGGUGAUGAUUCGACACAAAACUGCCCCUUUCAAAACCACAGGUCGACUUGUCAGAGUUUUUGGAAAGCCCGUUUUUACUGAAUGGAAAACACCACACUUUGAAUAGAAGGCAGGGCAAUGAGGAAAUGCAGUCUUACUCAGAUCCUACAUAAGCAAAAAAGAAUAUAACAGCUGCUUCUCUAGAGCACUGGAACUUCUUCAUCUACUUCUAUUCAAAACAGGUGACAACAUCACUUAUUUCUCCAGGGUAGUUUUUGCUGCACCGUAAUAUAAGUAAGAUUUCAGUUUUGCUUUAAAUCUACUGAGAAAAACUGUUUGACUUGUUUUGUGCUGUGAUAUUUUUUUAAGCCAAAAAUCUCUGGUGACUUUAAUUUUGUAUGUCUAUGUUAAGUUUCCCUAACGACAUGCAUUAGUUAGAUUUGCUCCUCUGAGGGAGUGAUAAACGUGGCGGGAAGUUUGUGUUUUCCUUGUGACUAACACACAGUUAUUUUCCAGUGUAUUCAUCAUCGCGAUGUGAAGCCUUCUGUCAGAUCCUGUCUGUCCAGAUGAUGGAUAUAAUCUGUUAAUGCUGAUUUAUGUGAUCGUAGUAAGAAUGGAAUAAACACUAUACAUCACUAGCA